AAAAUAUGUAAGAUUUGUUCAGGGACAGCAGAUUCGAAUAGCGUGAGCGACUGAAAAGUGAAAGCAGCGAAUAAACAGGCAAUUUUCUCAGUGAAUUUAUCCUGUAAGGUGCUAAAUAGUGUGCAAAUUAACCAAACAAAAAUGUCUCUAUUGCCAUAUUUAUUGAAUGAAUCCGCUCUGAUUCCACGGCAGCAGUGGAUAUCAUUGUUUUGUCCGGAAGAAGUUCUACGUCCUCUGGAUUCUGCUCUGAACCAGGUAGCUGCUCUGGACAAAGAUGUGUCAAUUUCAUUGGACAAGGAUAAGUUCCAAGCCAACAUCGAUGUUCAACAGUUUAAACCAGAAGAAUUGACUGUCAAGUUAAACGACGAUAACACCGUUACCGUGGAGGGCAAGCACGAAGAACAGCAAGACGAACACGGGUAUAUAUCCAGGCAUUUCGUGAGAAGGUAUGUUUUGCCUGAAGACUGUGACAUCAAAGGGUUGCAGUCGAAACUAUCCAGCGACGGAGUGUUGAGUAUUACAGCCCCGAAAAAGCCUGAACACAAACAGGUUGAAUAUAAGCAGAUUCCUAUCGUGAAGACCGGUCCUAUAAAAAGAAUCCAGGACAAAUCCGAACAGGUAUCAAAAAAGAAAGCCUCAUGAACCAUAGUGAGUCAUCCAAACCUUUAAGGCAUUAUGAAAAAAUACCUAAUAUUACUUUAAUCUUAUUUCAUUUUUGUCGUGUUAUGUUUUCCAAUAAGACUGAGAGUAAUGAAUAUACUUUUAGGUUAGUCGCCUUCUUGUAAUAUUAGUAUGAAAAAUAAAUGAGGUUACGUUGGA